ACCAACAUUCAAUAAAAGGCCAUAAAAAUCACACAUAACAAACCACUAGGGAAAAAAGGAGCCAAAAGAAAGGGGGAAACAUGGCAGCAACUUCAACAUACAUGGCUUCAACCCAUUUCAGCAUGUUAAGUUGGAGCACAAAGGGAAAGAAUAAACAACUCAAAAGGAGAAACUUUUUCUCAGUUUCAGCACAGCAAGCAGAAGUUGAAGAGCUAAAAGUAGAAAAAGAAGAAGAAAAGAAAGAAGAAGAAAAACAAGGAGAGGCAAUGAAGAAGCCAAGGCCAGUAGAACCACAAAUAAAUGUGCAGAGCAAGAACAUGACCAGAGAACAUGGAGGACAAUGGCUCAGUAGUGCUACUAGACAUGUUAGAAUAUAUGCAGCUUAUAUUGAUCCUGAAACCUUUGCUUUCGAUCAAACACAAAUGGAUAAACUCACACUUCUUCUUGACCCUACUGAUGAGUUUGUGUGGACUGAUGAUACUUGUACCAAAGUCUAUUCUUACUUCCAAGAACUUGUUGAUCAUUAUGAGGGAGCUCCAUUGACGGAGUACACGCUUCGUCUGAUAGGUUCAGACAUAGAGCACUACAUAAGAAAGCUUCUCUAUACUGGAGAAAUCCAAUACAACAUGAAUGCAAGAGUUCUUAACUUCAGUAUGGGGAAACCAAGAGUUGGGUUCAAUUACAAUGGACAAAUGGAAGAUGUAAACCAGUAAAUUCAGCUUCUAAGGAGAUCCAGGCAGCGUCUGGAGACAUUCUGCAUCCUCCCAAGGCUGGAAUGCAUCUUGCUGAGUUAGAUGCUGGAGAUAUUGAAACAAAAUAUACUUUUAGUAUAAGCCACUAGCUUCUGCAGAACAAGCAAUAUGAGAAAGAUAAUGGUGAAUGAAAAAAUUCAUGCUUUUAAUUGAGAUGAAAGGCAGUAAUUAUCCGUUGGUCCUUGUUCUCAUUCUGUUGGUCAAUCUUUGUAACUACUGAAAUUCCAUUGGUUCAAACCUCAUUUAUACAUCAGAAUUUUGACAAUAAGAUACAUGGACGUAGAAUUUA